CAGCUAGCGUCGUUUCUAGGCAACCGCAGACUCCAGGUCCUUAGCGGGUCCUGAUGGCCAUGAGGCAGUUCGGAAGCCUCCCAGAUGUUGUGGAACUGUCCCUGGAUCUAUAGCUCUUUACCACCAUCUCUACGUUUUUCCUUCUAAGAGAUCCUGAAACCUCUGUCAUGGAAAAGUACCACGUGUUGGAGAUGAUUGGAGAAGGCUCUUUUGGAAGGGUGUACAAGGGUCGAAGAAAAUACAGUGCUCAGGUCGUAGCCCUGAAGUUCAUCCCAAAAUUGGGGCGCUCAGAGAAGGAGCUGAGGAAUUUGCAACGAGAGAUUGAAAUCAUGCGGGGUCUGCGGCAUCCCAACAUUGUGCAUAUGCUUGACAGCUUUGAAACUGACAAAGAGGUGGUAGUGGUGACAGACUAUGCUGAGGGAGAGCUCUUUCAGAUCCUAGAAGAUGAUGGAAAACUUCCCGAAGACCAGGUUCAGGUCAUUGCCGCCCAGUUAGUGUCAGCCCUGUACUAUCUGCAUUCUCACCGCAUCUUACACCGAGACAUGAAACCUCAGAACAUCCUCCUUGACAAGGGUGGUGGCAUUAAGCUCUGUGACUUUGGGUUUGCCCGGGCUAUGAGCACCAACACAAUGGUGCUGACGUCCAUCAAAGGCACACCACUCUAUAUGUCUCCAGAGCUGGUGGAGGAGCGACCAUACGACCACACGGCAGACCUCUGGUCUGUUGGCUGCAUACUGUAUGAACUGGCAGUAGGCACCCCUCCCUUUUAUGCUACAAGCAUCUUUCAACUGGUCAGCCUCAUUCUCAAGGACCCUGUGCGCUGGCCUUCAACCAUGAGUCCCUGCUUUAAGAACUUCCUGCAGGGACUGCUCACCAAAGACCCCCGGCAGCGACUGUCCUGGCCAGACCUCUUACAUCACCCCUUUAUUGCUGGUCGUGUCACCAUAAUAACUGAGCCAGCACGUCCAAAUUUGGGCAACCCAUUCACCAGCCGCCUACCCCCAGAACUGCAGGUCCUAAAGGACGAACAGGCCCAUCGAUUGGCCCCCAAAGGCAAUCAGUCUCGCAUCUUGACUCAGGCCUAUAAACGCAUGGCUGCAGAGGCCAGGCAGAAGAAACAUCAGAACACAGGACCUGCCCUCGAGCAAGAAGACAAAACCAGCAAGGUGGCUCCUGGCACAGCCCCUCUGCCCAGACUCGGGGCCACUCCUCAGGAAUCAAGCCUCCUGGCUGGGAUCUUAGCCUCAGAAAUGAAGAGCAGCUGGGCUGAGUCAGGGACUGGAGAGGCGCCCCAUGCACCUGGGGAAAACCGGACCACCCCAGAUUGGGAACAAGCAUUCCCAGAGGAGAGGCCAGAGGUGCUGGGCCAGCGGGGCAUUGAUGCAGUGGACCUGGAAAAUGAGGAGCCAGACAGUGACAAUGAGUGGCAACACCUGCUAGAGACCACUGAGCCUGUGUCCAUUCAACUGAAGGCUCCUCUCACUUUGCUGUGCAAUCCUGACUUCUGCCAGCGCAUCCAGAGUCAGCUGCAUGAGGCUGGAGGGCAGAUCCUGAAAGGCAUCUUGGAGGGUGCUUCCCACAUCCUGCCUGCAUUCCGGGUCCUGAGCAGUCUUCUCUCCAGCUGCAGUGACUCUGCUGCCUUGUAUUCUUUCUGCCGGGAGGCAGGGAUGCCUGGGCUGCUGCUGAGUCUACUUAGGUACAGCCAGGAGAGCAACAGCCUCCAGCAGCAAUGUUGGUAUGGGACCUUCUUACGGGACCUGAUGGCUGUGAUUCAGGCCUACUUUGCCUGCACCUUCAAUCUGGAGAGGAGCCAGACGGGUGACAGCCUACAGGUGUUUCAGGAGGCUGCCAACCUCUUUCUGGACCUGUUGGGGAAACUGCUGGCCCAACCAGAUGACUCUGAGCAGACUUUGCGGAGGGACAGCCUGAUGUGCUUUACUGUCCUGUGUGAAGCCAUGGAUGGGAACAGCCAGGCCAUCUCCAAAGCCUUUUACUCCAGCUUGCUGACUACGCAGCAGGUUGUCUUGGAUGGGCUCCUUCAUGGCUUGACAGUUCUACAACUCCCUGUCCACACUCCCCCAGGAGCCCCACAAGUGAGUCGGCCACUGCGAGAGCAAAGUGAGGAUCUACCAGGAGCCACUGCGUCCGCCCUGGCAGCCAUAUGCACUGCUCCUGUGGGACUGCCUGACUGCUGGGAUGCCAAGGAGCAGGUCUGCUGGCAUUUGGCAAAUCAGCUAACUGAAGACAGCAGCCAGCUCAGGCCAUCCCUCAUCUCUGGCCUGCAGCAUCCCACCCUGUGCCUGCACCUUCUCAAGGUUCUGUACUCUUGCUGCCUUGUCAGUGACCGCCUGUGCCGUCUUCUGGGGCAGGAGCCCCUGGCCUUGGAGUCCCUGUUCAUGUUGGUUCAGGGCAAGGUAAAAGUAGUAGAUUGGGAAGAGUCUACUGAAGUGGCACUCUACUUCCUCUCCCUUCUUGUCUUUCGGCUCCAAAAUCUGCCUUGUGGAAUGGAGAAGCUAGGCAAUGACGUUGCUACUCUCUUUACCCAUUCACAUGUCGUCUCUCUUGUGAGUGCAGCAGCCUGUCUACUGGGACAGCUUGGUCAGCAAGGGGUGACCUUUGACCUCCAGCCCAUGGAAUGGAUGGCUGCAGCCACACAUGCCCUGUCUGCCCCUGCAGAGGUUCGGCUGACUCCACCAGGUAGUUGUGGAUUCUAUGACGGCCUCCUCAUCCUUCUGCUGCAGCUCCUCACUGAGCAGGGGAAGGCUAGCCUAAUCAGGGAUGUGGCCAGUUCAGAAAUGUGGACCAUUUUAUGGCGUCGCUUCUCCAUGGCCCUGAGGCUACCUGAGGAGGCAUCUGCACAGGAAGGGGAGCUUUCGCUAUCCAGUCCACCAAGCCCAGAGCCAGACUGGACACUGAUUUCUCCCCAGGGCAUGGCAGCCCUGCUGAGCCUGGCCAUGGUCACCUUUACCCAGGAGCCCCAGUUAUGCCUGAGCUACCUGUCCCAGCAUGGAAGUAUCCUUAUGUCCAUCCUGAAGCAUCUGCUUCACCCCAGCUUCCUGAAUCAACUGCGCCAGGCGCCUCAUGGAUCUGAAUUUCUCCCUGUCGUGGUACUCGCUGUCUGCCAGCUCCUUUGCUUCCCCUUUGCACUGGAUGUGGAUGCUGACCUCCUUAUGGGUGUCUUGGCUGACCUCAGGGACUCAGAAGUUCCAGCCCAUCUGCUGCAGGUCUGCUGCUACCAUCUUCCGUUGACGCAAGUGGAGCUGCCCAUCAGCCUCCUCACACGCCUGGCCCUCACGGACCCCACCUCUCUCAAUCAGUUUGUGAACACAGUGGCUGCCUCCUCUAGAACCAUUGUCUCGUUUCUCUCAGUUGCCCUCCUGAGUGACCAGCCACUGCUGAUCUCUGACCUUCUCUCCCUGCUGGCCCACACCGUCCGGGUCCUGUCUCCCAGCCACUUGUCCUUUAUCCAAGAGCUCCUGGCUGGCUCUGAUGAAUCCUAUCGGCCCCUGCGCAGCCUCCUGGGCCACUCAGAGAAUUCUGUGCGGGCACACACUUACAGGCUCCUGGGCCACUUGCUCCAAGACAGCAUGGCCCUGCGUGGGGCACUGCAGAGCCAGACUGGACUGCUCAGCCUUCUGCUGCUGGGACUUGGAGACAAGGAUCCUGUUGUGCGGUGCAGUGCCAGCUUUGCUGUAGGCAAUGCAGCCUACCAGGCUGGUCCUCUGGGACCUUCCCUGGCAGCUGCAGUGCCCAGUAUGACCCAGCUGCUUGGAGAUCCUCAAGCUGGUAUCCGGCGCAAUGUUGCAUCAGCUCUCGGCAACUUGGGACCUGAAGGGUUGGGAGAGGAGCUGUUACAGUGCCAAGUACCCCAGCGGCUCCUAGAGAUGGCAUGUGGAGACCCCCAGCCAAAUGUGAAGGAAGCCGCCCUCAUUGCCCUCCGGAGCCUCCAACAGGAGCCUGGCAUCCAUCAGGUACUGGUGUCCCUGGGUGCCAGUGAGAAACUAGCCUUGCUCUCUCUGGGGAAUCAGUCACUGCCACACAGCAGUCCUAGGCCUGCCUCUGCCAAACACUGCAGGAAACUCAUUGACCUCCUGAGGCCAGCCUAUAGCAUGUGAUUUCAGAUUCCUGGGGUCCAGCCUCCAACUUUGGUUGCCCUGCUGUUGCCAACUCUUCCUUAUUCUACUACACAAGCUACCAACUCAACCGAGAACUAAAGAGACUAGAAAAGAGAUAAGCUGCCAACUCUACUGAGAACAAGAAACUAGAAGAGAUUUAUGUUUAAAGCUUCUUCCUUCUCCCAGAUUCAGCAUGAUUUCAACCAGUAAAUUUUAUUGCUGUUGGUGCCAGAGAAGAUUCCUUUCCUCUCUACAUCUAGGGGCCUUUUCUCCAAUAAUGUGCCUUUAACUUUAGGGACCUGCCUCGUGGAAAAACCUCUACCUGAAAGAUCUUUUCCUUUCUAGAGCUCCUUAAAUCCUCCCAGCAGAUUUUUGCCUUAGAUGUGUUGGCCCCAGGACAACGAUGAAGACAGAGCCUGUCUCAGCUUUAGGCUGUGGGGAUCAAUGCCAUCAGUCUGUUAUUGAGGGAUUCCUCAGUGCUUAACCAACAUUCCUAUUGGGGGAUGUGGGGGUGGAGAGUGUAUCUUUUUUGGUUGGGGUGUGUGUGUGUGUGGGUGUGUGUGUGUGUGUGUGUGUGUUUGGUAGUUCUGUUUGUAAAUUCUUUUAAUAAAAAAUUGUGCCUCACCAUACUUGAAGCUCCCAGGACAAGUGUUGGGAGGCUCAACCUGUCUUUUAGCUUCUAUGUGGUAUUGGAAGUGCUGGUGUCCUGUUCACACAAGA